UGAGAAGGUGAGAGAGAGUGACAGAGAGGGGAGUGGGGAGUGGGGAGGAGAGAGAGACGACGACGAUACUGUGAGCCAAAGAGGGGAAGAGAGAGAGAGAGAGAGAGAGAGAGAGAGCGAGAACCCAUAAACAGAGCAAGACGAAGACGAAGACGAAGAAGAAGAACAUUCAGAAGCUCCUCUCUCUCUCUCCCUCUCCGCAAUGCAAUGUCUGUUCCUGUUCCUCUCUGAAAUCAAUGCCUCUCUCUCUCUCUCUCUCUCUUCCUCUCUCUGUAGUUCUUGGCAUUUCUUAGGGGAGGCGCAUUAACAAGCAAUAACUCCACCACUCACCUAACCGCUGAAAAAAAAAAAAAAGUGACCUUGAGAUUCUCCACUGCAUUUCCCUCAGUCUGCUCUGUUGCCAUCCUCCUCAGCUUUUUGCUUUUUGAUUCUUACACUGGCCCCCCACUUCACCCGGUCGCCGGAGUUACCGUGAAUCACGGUGAUGCUGUACGGUCGUCGUAGUAGUUGAGAAGAUCUGGCCUCUGAGCUUUUGAUCUGAAGAAAUUCGGCUAAUUCGGCUUCAGAGUUUCUGUGACUUCUCAAUUGUCGGUUUUGAGAUGGUGUAGGUUGAUUUUGGUUAACUGGGAGUUUCCUAAGAGUGAAUUUUUAUCAAGGAUGAUUCGAUCGAGCUGAAUUUUGAGCAGUAUUGUAAGCUGAUUGUUUCUCGAUUGUGGGUAUUGAAAAUGUCGACCUGGGAGCAUUUUGGAGAGAUUGCUAACAUCGCCCAACUCGCCGGAGUUGAUGCCAUUCGGUUGAUUGGGAUGAUUGUGCAAGCGGCACACACGGCCCGGAUGCACAAGAAGAACUGCAGGCAGUUUGCGCAGCACUUGAAGCUGAUCGGGAACUUGUUGGAGUCGCUCAGGAUCUCCGAGCUUAAGAAGUACCCUGAGACACGGGAGCCUCUGGAGCAGCUCGAGGAUGCUCUUAGGAGGUCUUAUAUUUUGGUUAAUAGCUGCCAGGACAGGAGUUAUCUCUAUUUGCUUGCUAUGGGGUGGAACAUUGUUUAUCAGUUCAGGAGGGCUCAGAAUGAGAUCGAUCGUUACCUGAAGCUUGUGCCUCUCAUCACUCUCGUGGACAAUGCUCGAGUUAGGGAGAGACUGGAAGUCAUUGAGAGGGAUCAACGUGAAUACACGUUGGAUGAUGAAGAUCAGAAGGUGCAAAGUCUAAUCUUAAAUCCAGAACCCACCAAAAAUGAGACUAUCGCAUUGAAAAAGACUCUAUCCUGCUCCUACCCAAAUAUGUGUUUCAAUGAGGCUCUGAAGAAGGAAAAUGAGAAGCUUCAGUUGGAACUGCAGCGGUCACAAUCUAAUUUGGAUGUGAGUCAGUGCGAAGUAAUUCAGCGUUUAAUUGAUGUUACAGAAACUGUUGCCGCAAAUGCAGUUGCAGAGAAAAGUUCGCCAGUUAAGGAAUCCAAGAAAACGGAGAAGAGACAUUCAGAUUCUAGCUACGAAAAAGAGCAUAGCUUUCAUGAAACCUCCCCUAAAAAAAGUGCUUCUCAGAAAACUUCAAGAAACACUUCGUCAGUGUCAUCAAACCAUGAACUGUUGUCUAAGAAAGGUUCGUAUGGACAUGAUGAAUGGCACACUGAUCUGCUUGGUUGCUGCUCAGAGCCUCUUCUGUGUCUGAAGACAUUUUUCUAUCCAUGCGGCACAUUUUCAAGGAUAGCUACUGUGGCAACUAAUAGGCAUAUGUCUUCGGCAGAAGCAUGUAACGAGUUGAUGGCAUAUUCGUUAAUAUUGUCCUGCUGCUGCUACACAUGCUGUGUCAGAAGAAAGCUCCGCGGGACAUUAAACAUUGCGGGAGGUUGUUUCGAUGAUUUUCUCUCCCAUCUGAUGUGUUGCUGCUGUGCCCUUGUUCAAGAAUGGAGAGAAGUGGAGAUCCGUGGAGUUUACGGUGCUGAGAAGACGAAGAUAAGCCCUCCACCAUCCCAAUACAUGGAACCAUGAACCAAGACCGAGUUAUUCACACGUCUGUAAAUUCGACUACUCGAUAGUGGUGUAAUAUACAGGUGAUUUCUAGUCGUGACUGCCAUUUGAAGUUCCUUUCAUUCUCUUACUACUGAAAAUUUAGUUUGGUUGUAAAGCACUUGGAAACAACUUGUUUUUCUCGAUGCACUGGACUCCCUCGGCUUUUAACAGCAUAGUGCUACAGUUUGUUACUGCUCACCAGUGGGUGAACUUGAUUUUUAGCUAUUGUUACAUUGAUA